AUGGCUUCGUCUCAUUUUUUGAGACGCGGUUCCAUGGAGCCUAUAUCACCAAUCCGUACCGCGCCUUCAGAGCCCUCGGUCUCGGACAAGAAACUCGGCGUGCAAAAGGUGUUCUAUGAACCAGGCUUCGUUGAUCACAAUGGGGAGUGGCGAAAGACCUUCGAGGUGGGUUUCUACGACAACAAGGGAGUUUGGGUUUCCGUGGAACCAAAGGAUUCCUUCAAUUUUCACCCUCGUAUCCCAAUUACACUUGAGACUAUCCAAGCAUAUGCCGCCAUGCGAGGUACGACUGGGAAGUAUCGUGCGCCACUCUACUGCGAUCGGUUGCAUUGUGCUCUUUACCAGAAUCCGUCGCGUUUUGUCAAUCAAGAUCCGGUGUUGGUAUCCGUUCCAUUCUAUGGUCAAGGGGAGGCCGAUCUAGACGAGGAGUCAGUGUCUUUAUAUGAACUUCGUAAUUCACAAAACUUACAAUAUUUAGAAUGGCUGAACCAGACCCCGAGAAGAUCUACUUCUGGGAUCCCCUUCAACAACCCGAUCCAUUGCCCUCGCAAGAACUUCUUCCCCAGCACCCAGAAUCGCCAAGAACAUCUAAGCGACGCCCACUACACGGCGGCCAUGUUGGCAACCUACCAUACUCAGCGUGGAAGAAGCUGUAUCCUAUUGAAGGACUUAAUCCUCAUUGGCAAGCUGCACAACUCCCAGUAUAUCUGAGUAAGGAUGAUUGGGCCAGGGUAAAAAGUUUAACGGAUGAAGAUCUCAUCGAGCUUGGAAGAGAAAAGCAGUGCGAGGACGCCGGAUGGAUCAAGAUCAACAGCAAAUGGGUAGACCCGGAUGACUGGGGACAAGUAAUGGCUGCAAACGUACCAGAUGACUGUACUGACCUUUCGAUCCCAAAAUACGUCCCUCCCAUCUUGCCCCAUCAGUUUUAUCCCCGAAACGCGAGAGAGGUGCCAUACUUCGAGUUGUUGGAUUGGCUAUAUGAUCUCGAGCAGCCUGACGAUGUUGCCCAGCGCCUAGGCAGCUCUCUAUACGCAGGUCCCAAACUUUCCGAGGAGGAAGAAAAGGAGAUGUGUCCUGAUCUUUUUGGUCUUCGCAACGUCAGCGCCCAAAAUGAAGUCGACAAGAAGAUUGGUUGCUAUUUCACGGAUGAACAGAAGAGAAAGUAUCCUGUUCUAUUCGGUUUUGGUCUUUUCAGCCCUGAAGACCCACGCCUUCCUACGGAGGAAGAAAAGGAAAAGUUUCGCAAUCCUUUCGCUUCUCCUACCCCUAGAAUUACAGAGGUUACCUCGGAGGAAGAAGAGGAAAUGUAUCGUCAUCAUUUUACUUAUUCCGAUUCUGCAGACCCAGAAAUUCCUACAGAAGAAGAACCGGAGGAGCAUGGUGCUGAUUCCACUCCUUUCGAUGCAAACCCUGAACUUCCUACAAGAGAAGAAAUGGAAACCUAUCGCAACCUUUUCACUUCUAACCCUCAAAGCCCAGAAAUCCCUACGGAGGAAGAGACGGGAGAGCAUCGCGCGAGUUCCAAUCCUUUCGAUGCAGACCCAGAACUCCCUACCAAUGAAGAAAUGGAAACGUAUCACAACCUUUCCACUUCUCAUGAUCCUCAAGACAUUGAAGUUACUACGGAGGAAGAAACAGAAAAGGAUCAAGCUGUUCUCGCUUAUUCUUCCAACCCUCAAAAUACAGAGCUUCCAACGGAAGUAGAAGCGGAGGAGUAUCGCGAUCUCUCUACUUCCCCCUCCUUUGAAGGCGUAGCGAGUCUCACGGAAGAAGAAAAGGAACAAUAUAGCCAUCUUUUCGAUGAUUAUCCCGCGCCUCAAGAGCCUGAGCUUCAAAUUGAAGGAGAAAAGGAGGAGUAUCGCGGUCUUUCUACUUCCCCCUCCUUUGAAGGUGUAGCAAGUCUCACAGAAGAAGAAAAGGAACAAUAUAGCCAUCUCUUCGAUGAUUAUCCCGACCAUGGUACCGAGAUCGCUCCCGACUCCAAGGUUGAAACAGGCACAGCACCAUCUGAACAAGAGCCCGAAGCCAAGUUGAAGCCAUCAGUUCCUCUCAUCUGCAGUAUCUGCCCACAGCAGUUCUCUGAUGUGUCUGAGCUACUCACCCACCUUUCUUCAGAAUCUCAUUUAGCGAAUAGAUUCGAGCUCCAGAAUCGCGCUAGGUCAGAGCCAGGAGCGAAGAAAGAACUCGAGGACUUCGAACGUUCUUUCUUUGACGUCAACCUUCCUAACCUUCUCUCUGAGCAGUUGGCUAUCAAGGAGCAAAACGGUGCUGGAAAGGAAAGUGAGAACGAGCUUACCAGCAGUCCUGCACCUGUUGGUGAAAACAACAGUCCAGAUACCCACGAAGAAGAAACGAAAAAAUCACCCACUCUUCCUGAAAUCUCCAACGCCGAGAACAAUGUCUUCCCAAUUACCAAGAACCAAGCAGGUAUAAUGCCAACCGAACAGGAGGAGCCCAGGGCCGAAACCUACCCAGUCACCAGUUUCCACAUGGUCUGCACCAUCUGCCCCCACAACCCCCAAUUCUACGAAGUCCACGAAUUCGCCGCACACGUAGCUCUGCAAUGCCACCAGGCCGAAGUAUCCAAACUCACAAUCCGCGCGGAGACAAGUCUAGCAGCCAAGGCAAAACUAGAGGAAUUCGAGACGUGGUACUGCGGGUUCGUCGUUCCUACCUUUUCCCCGCGGAUGUUGCCAUCUGAACGUGAAGCAAUGCAAAAGCACGCUGAUAGCUUCUGUCCUCCUAACCCUCAAGAUGAUGUUUUUGGAGGUCCGGCAGGUGCUGGGGUACAAGCAUCACCACCAAGUGACCCACCGUUGAAUAUCAUCGACGAAGUUACCAAGUUGAUGGCAGCUGAAGCUAAAGGCAAGAAAGCCUCUCCAAAUCCAGCAACCGACUUGCCCAAGGUAGCUCCUGUGCCUCAAGGUAAAGAUUUUGAAAUCGAGCCUGCUGUUAUUGCAAGAUGGGCCGAGGGUUUGUCAACGUACAAGCCGGUAUUUGUCGCUGAGAAGUCUGACUUGAACGAAGACCUCAACUCCCAGGUAAGUUGAAAACCGAGAACAUUCUCAUACUGCAUGAAAGAUAUCAAGUCCUAACGUGAAUACACAACAGGAGAAGCUGCCACCACAAGAUGACGAGGAGGUAUUCCAUCCAGGAGCAAGAGGGGAUAUCAAAGUUCCUGAGGAUCAUCCCGACGAGUACAUGUCAGACUGCUACUCGGUACCUGAAACCUCAAAGCUGAUUCGCAACCCUCCAGGUAAGCCUUCUGUUGUCAAGAACCAAAGGUGAUGAGCGCUAACAUACCAAGGCGUUCUGGACUUGGAGAGUUUGCCAAAGAUGUUCCAAUAUAGCUACCCCCUCCAAUAUCAAGAUUUCCUCAGACAAGGUUUCCGAACCGAGACUGGCAUCCCACGUUACCCAAAUUAUUCCUUCGGCACGGCCUCUGUGCCAGGGACCUUCACCGAGGUAAGUACACCACUCACAUUCUCACAUCGACUUCGCUAACCCAUUUCAAAGGAGAGAAUCAUCGAUUAUUUCGCCACGGAUGGAGGUACUAGAGAACAGGCCAAGGCAAGAUUAUACGAGACCCAGGCGUACAUAAAGUAUCUCCGCAAGCGAAACGAAAAGGAAGAGCAAGAUCGGCUGGAUGUUAGAGACCAAGUCGGGAUGGCCACCGCUCAUGAAUGUCACGCACGAUACGCCUUGGAUCUCGCCAAAGAGAGCCUCAAAAACUUCCUCUUCGACAGCGAACGCCAAAAGGCCGAGAUGAAAAACGUAGAUGAGGGCGUCUACCGCGAGUCUGUAGAAGGAUUGACCAGACUCGCAGAGGCGGACCAGACUGCCAUGCAAAGAUACGAGAGUAUAUUGCAGGAGGUAGAGCGCCUCGCAGGAGAAACACUAGAGCAUCAUCGAGUCGCGCUCAAAUUGAAGAUAUCAGCUAUACAAGACGAACAAGGCAAAGAGCAUGUUUACAACGUUGCACAGCGGGAUUGGAUCACGGCUACCAAGACACUCCCCCCCAGAGUCGAGCCCCUUCAUAUCACUUAUGGCUCUGGCUACUUCAAGCUAGAUCAUCCAGCAAAGAAGCAGUACAGACGUCACUUUAGAGAUGAAAUUGAGCGUGUUGAAUUGGAAAUUGCUCGUUUUGAGGAAGAGAAUGUUAAUGCUAACCUCGAAAAGUUGAAAUUCCAGCAUGGAAUUAGGGAGGCGAGAGUUCGCAUGCACUACCUUCAGAUUUUUAUCGAAAACGUUCACCUGGAACUAAUGAAUAUUCAUGUCGUUCUAGCUGAAGACUGA